AUGUCCAGAUCAGCAGCGCUCUCUGCCUAUAAGAACCUCUUGAAAGCCACUAAGGUCUCAUUUAAAAAUGAUGCAGAAGUUUUAUUUGCAGCUAGAAGUAAAAUAAGGUCCGAUUUCUUACAGGAGAGAGAGUUAGACAGUAAGAUAGCGCAAGAGAAAAUUGAUCAUGCUAAUGCCGUAGCCAAGUUUUUAGUUGCAAAUGUAGUACAAGGUAUACAAAAGGAAGAAGGAAAGUACUUACUAGAUAUUCAUGAACAGACAGAAUUAGGAGACAAUGAAACAAUUAAGCAAAAGAAGAGUGAAAUGGGAUCAUUGGCAGGAGCUAAGGCUACUAAGAGGUGCAGUUAA